AUGCACCUCUACGCUUUUGGCUCGAACGGUGCAGGCCAGUUGGCGAUCGGGCACAUGGAAGAUGUCAAUACGCCAGCGAGGUGUCUUUUCGUGGGGGACGAGCACCCUUCGCCUGCCUCGGGAGAUAGAGAUAGCCUCAGUCCCAGUCUCAUGCAGCUCAUCGCUGGCGGGAACCACACUUUGAUUCGACUGGCCUGUGGCAGAGUGUACGCCGCUGGUUCCAAUCUGCAUGGCGAGUGUGCCACGCACGCUUCGACCCAGAAUCUCCUCAGAUUUCAGCGUGUCAUUAUCGCCGAGCCGCUUGCCGAUGUUGCUCUUGCCCGGCGCGAGGCUUCCACCUUCUCCAAUAUCUCUGCAACAUGGUCUGCUUCCUUUUUUGUAGAUGUCAACAAAGACUCUAUAUUUGUCGCUGGGCACGGGUCAAAGGGUGAACUUGGUCUAGGGCCAGACGUCAUCGAGAGGACGUUGCCAACGAAGAUACCGAAUUUUCCACCAGUUGGUAGAAAUGUCAUAUCCAUCGCCAGCGGUAUGGCCCACACCAUAGUUCUAUUAGACGAUGGCACAAUAUACGGCUGGGGAGCAGCGAGAAAAGGUCAGCUGGGAGCCGACAAGGUUAGUCAGAAGGUCGUCUGGUCGCCACAAAAGAUAGUGGUGGGUGGUAAUCUGCCUGGCCAUAUUCGAGGGAUCAGCUGUGGUAGGGAGUUCACCGUACUGACAACCACCUCUUCGGCAUCGUUAUCUUACUCUGGCGCUUCAUCAGAGUCGCUUUACAUACUUGGACCAGAUAAAUGGGCCCUAUCAUCUGCUGCUCCUUCCAUGGUAGCUCCAUACAAGUCACUAACCGCUAGUUGGCAUGGCGUAUAUGUACAUCUCUGUGAUGGCACGGUACUGGCUUGGGGUCGCAAUGAUAGAGGCCAAUUGCCGACUGCCACAAUGCCCGCUCUAGAUUACCUUGCUGUUGGAAGCGAGCACGUUGUUGGCGCAAUCGAUCAUAGGACUCUGAUUGCAUUUGGAUGGGGUGAGCACGGCAAUUGUGGCCCAGAGACUGAUGAGCAAGGUAACGUUACCGGACACUGGAAUGAAGUUCAACUGCCGAUAGAUAACAGCAGCAUCGAGGCUGUUGGUGCUGGGUGCGCUACAAGUUGGGUUUUGCUAUCUGAACCUGAAGUUAGAUAG